GACUUACGAUAUUUCGGGAAUUAGUAGCAUAAAUAAAACUCGACUGAAAUCGAUUCACUUUCAAAUUGUUAAAGUAAUUUUAAGGUUAAUUUGCAUUUAUUAGACUAAUAAUAUAGAAUAUUUUAAAUAUCAUUAAAUACUUUGCAAACAAAAUUGUAAUCAUAUGAUAUUGUUAAUAAUGCACGAAAACGAAAAAUAUUAUAGAGCGAUAAUACAAAUAUUUUAAUUUUAGAUGAUUGAAAUUACGUGCAAUGACCGUUUAGGUAAAAAAGUAAGAAUUAAGUGCAACGCUGAUGACACAAUAGGAGACUUAAAGAAGCUUAUUGCAGCCCAAACCGGCACCAAAUGGGAUCGCAUUGUUCUAAAGAAAUGGUAUACGAUUUAUAAGGAUCACGUAACUUUACAAGAUUACGAAAUUCACGACGGAAUGAAUUUGGAAUUGUAUUAUCAAUAA